AUGGCCACACCCAACGUGCUCAACGCCAUUUCGAAGUGGGCGGUGCCAGUCUUCAUCGGCAUCUCGCUCGGUCAAGCAGCUCUUUACGAUGUGAAAGGCGGAACACGCGCAGUCAUCUUCGAUCGGUUGUCUGGUGUACAGGAGAAGGUCGUGAAUGAAGGCACACAUUUCCUAGUCCCAUGGCUGCAGAAAGCUAUCAUCUACGACGUCCGGACGAAGCCGAGAAAUAUCAGCACCACCACCGGUAGUAAAGAUCUCCAGAUGGUCAGCUUGACGCUAAGAGUAUUGCACCGUCCGGAAGUGCAGAUGCUUCCUAGGAUAUAUCAGAACCUCGGUCUCGACUACGAUGAGAGAGUAUUGCCAUCCAUCGGAAACGAAGUCCUCAAAGCCAUCGUCGCACAAUUCGAUGCCGCCGAGCUGAUCACACAGAGAGAAGCAGUCUCCAACAGAAUCAGAGCAGACCUGCUGAAGCGCGCAUCCGAGUUCAACAUCGCUCUCGAAGAUGUGUCCAUCACUCACAUGACCUUCGGCCGUGAAUUUACAAGAGCCGUCGAACAGAAGCAGAUCGCCCAACAAGAUGCUGAGCGUGCAAGAUUUAUCGUCGAGAAGGCCGAGCAGGAGCGCCAGGCCAAUGUCAUCCGCGCAGAAGGUGAAGCCGAGUCCGCAGAUAUCAUCAGCAAAGCCGUGGCACGCGCAGGUGAUGGCCUUAUUCAGAUCAGAAGAAUCGAAGCAUCCCGCGAGAUUGCCAGCACUCUGGCCAACAACCCUAACGUCACAUAUCUACCUGGAGGCGAAAGUGGCGAUGGCAAGGGAAAGAGCACAUCGCUUCUCCUUGGAUUGCGAUCGUGA